UGCUCACUCUUUCAGAAUCACAAUUGAGUCCAACAAAAUACAUAACGUGCUGAUGCAACAAAAAAUCGCAAGGACAUAAUUCACAUGACAGCAACAGACCAUUUAUUUUGAGCUCUGAUACUGUGGUUAUUUUAGAAAUCCGACCCAAAAGUACACACAACCACACGAAGAAUAACCAAUCAAAACACGCAAGAAAGCACGGCAUAAAGACUUAAGGAGUUACUACUUAAUUAUAGGUUACAUCCACAAUUCACACCAGCUUUUUACUAUAUACCGAAUUUAAAAGAGAGUACAGUUUGUAUGCUGCACAAAAGCGAAAUGUCUAUCCUGCAGUUUUGCCUCACCAAUUACUGGAGCCCCUACCGUCAAAACCGGUCAUAGUUUGCAAAGUGACAAACCAAACUGAAUCAGGCUUUACAAAUCCAAUCUUUGAGUCAUUGCUCAAGAAGCGAUCCCAAUCCCAUCUAUGAAAUGGAGAUGAUCCUGGUUUGUUCCUUACGUAGCCUUCAUUUACCUUAUGGUUUUCUGGUGUGUUCUUCCAUUGCCAUUCUCUAUCACAGGAGAAUAACCUGCUGCCCACUCUGGAACGGUGUUGACGGUAAAGUCAUUAUCAUGCAGUCACGAACUUCGUUUUCUUUAGCUGACCUGCUGCACUCUAUGCAACGGUGUUGACUCCUCAAAUCCCUGUUUUACCCUUGGAAGGAGACCCUGAUGUUUAACAACAAAGAAGAAUCUAUCUCCAAACAAAACUAACCAUCCAUUGCUGCAAGCAAGAAGCUCUUCCCAACAUCUGUAAAUGACUUCCACACCCGUAUCAGUUUUUUUUCUGAUACUUGUAUAUGUUUGCUUCAAUCCCGUAGCCAUGGCAGAAGAUGAAAACCAGUUCGUGUACAAUGGCUUCAAUGGAACCCGUAUUCACCUUGAUGGGGCUGCAAAAAUCCAUUCCAAUGGUCUUUUGCAGCUAACCAACACUUCAAGGGGUCAAAUCGGUCGUGCUUUCUACCAACAUCCCAUAGGAUUCAAUACAUCUUCAUCCACGUUACCGCAAGAUCAUUCAUUUUCCACCCAUUUUGUGUUUGCCAUAGUUCCUGAGAGAAAAAAUCAUAGUUGGAAUGGAAUGGCCUUUGUCAUCUCACCAUCUAUGGACUUCACCCAUGCCCUAGGAAGCCAGUAUCUUGGGCUCCUCAAUUCUUCUGAUAAUGGCCUCCUUUCCAACCAUCUGUUGGCAAUUGAGCUGGAUACCCUAAUGAAUCCUGAAUUCUACGAUAUAAAUGAUAACCAUGUUGGAAUUGAUGUUAAUAGCUUAGCAUCAAAUGUAUCUGCUACUGCCAUGUAUUACUCUAAUAGGGAACAAAUUAACCAGAGCUUGCAGCUUGUCAGUGGGAGUCCAAUGCACGUUUGGAUAGAGUAUGAUGGGUUUGAGAAUGUACUCAAUGUUACACUAGCUCCUAUUACAAGCCCAAAACCAAAUCAGUCUCUUCUGUCAACACACAUCAAUCUUUCUUCAAUUCUGUUGGAUUCCAUGUAUGUUGGUUUCUCCGCUUCUACAGGAUUAUUUACAGGGAACCACUAUAUUCUUGGUUGGAGCUUCAAUAAAAGUGGUAAAGCACAAGGCCUAGAAAUUUCAGAGCUUCCUUCACUUCCUCAUCAAAGAAAACCCUUUCUAGGAUCUACAGGUCUAGGAAUUACAGUGUCAAUGACAAUAGUAGUCAUUGGGCUGACUAUCACAAUUGCAGGGACAUUUUACGUGUUGAGGAGGAAAAAGUACGAAGAAAUACGUGAAGAUUGGGAAAGGGAAUAUGGCCCUCAUAGGUUUUCAUAUAAGGAUCUCUUCAAAGCUACCAGAGGUUUCAUAGACGAAGAACUUCUUGGAGCUGGAGGUUUCGGUAAGGUUUAUAGAGGAAUACUUCCCUCUUUGAAGGAACAAGUUGCAGUUAAGAAAGUCUCCCAUGAUUCAAAACAAGGGAUGAAGGAGUUUGUGGCUGAAAUUGCUAGCAUUGGAAGGCUACGGCACAGGAACUUGGUGCAGCUCCUUGGCUACAGCCGGCGAAAGAGAGAGCUGCUCUUGGUCUAUGAUUAUAUGCCUAAUGGAAGCCUUGACAAGUUCCUAUUUAGCAAUGAAAAGCCAAUCCUCGACUGGGCACAACGUUAUCGUAUCAUCAGAGGAGUAGCAUCUGCCCUUCUGUAUCUGCAUGAAGAAUGGGACCAAGUUGUUCUUCACAGAGAUGUGAAGGCUAGUAAUGUUCUAUUGGACGCUGAUCUAAAUGGAAGGCUAGGGGAUUUCGGUCUUGCUAGAUUAUACGAUCAUGGAGCAACCCUCGAAACUACCCAUGUGGUGGGGACAAUUGGGUAUCUUGCACCAGAGCUUUCAAGAACCGGAAAGGCAACGACAAGCACUGAUGUGUUUGCUUUCGGUGCAUUCAUACUCGAAGUAGCUUGCGGAAGGAGGCCCAUAGAGCCACAACAGUCGCCUGACAAGGUGGUUGUGGUUGAUUGGGUUUUCGAGAAAUUGAAAGAGGGAGCUAUACUCGAGACUAGUGAUCCUAGAUUGGGAGGAGAUUAUUUGGAGGAGGAAAUGGAGUUGGUUUUGAAACUAGGCCUGCUUUGCUCAAAGUCCGAUUCAGCGACAAGACCCAGCAUGUGGCAAGUGAUGCAAUACCUUGAUGGAGAUGUCCGGUUGCCGGAGAUAAUUCUUGACAGCACAAGUAUUGGUACAAUAGGUUUUUGUAAUGAAGCAUUAUCUGAAUUUGUCAUGUCAUUUCCGUCAUCGAUUGCGAAGUCUUCUGCUCCCUCCAUAUCUAGCACAGAGUCAAUACUAACUAGCGGUCGGUAAAUUUGAAAGUUUCCAGUGCCUUAGAUAAUGCUAGAUCAUGUUCUUUUUCUCUUUCUAUUUGAACCCAAGACUCGAUGAAUUUGGAACAAGCAUGCAACCACUUGGGCUAGCUCGCAAGUUCAUCAGUUUGAAUGUGUGAGGCUAAAACGAAGGAUAGCUUCUAUCGGGUGAAGGAGACAAAGUACUUCAAAUUUCGGUUGUGAAAUUCUGCAGCUUCUAUAGCUUUCUUUGACAUUCAGGUAUUUAGCUAUUAUAUCAUAUUUUGAUAUACUUGUGUA